UUUCCCUUUGCUGAAAUUGAGAGAGAGGGGGAGGAGUUGGUUGCAAAAGAAGGUUUUGUCAAAGGGGGCUGGUCACUUUCUGCAACAGACAUGGCUGUCGCUCUCAUUUCUUCUUUUCUGUAAUAGAUCUUGAGAGUUUUAGCAGUGCAACCUUCUCUGAGGCUCAAUGAAAUCUGAGCCUGGCGUGGCCUGGGGCAAGACACUUCCAUUUUUCUCUUCACACGGGGACAGGGGUUUUGGUCCAUUAUUUUUUUUUAACCUUCCUAUGCAGACAUCCCCUGAGUAUAUGCAACAAGUUCCACUGGCUAUGAAGACACACACACACACACCCCCGCCCCACAGAGUGCAAUCAGGUCCCCUUUAAGUGAUGGAUCCUAAGCAUAAGGAACUACUCAGAAGGCAGCGCCUGGAGCUUUGUGCUGAGGGCCUUGCAGAUGGACUGGUCCCACAGUAUUUACUACAAGAAGGAAUCAUCACAGAGAGCCAUUUAGAGGAAAUCAGUUCCCAAGUCACCAGCCAGAGACGAGCCAUGAAGCUUCUAGAUAUUCUUCCUACCCGUGGGCCAAAAGCAUUUGAGGUUUUCGUGGAUUCUUUAAGUGAAUUUCCCUGGGUGCGUGAGAACUUGAUAAAGCUUAGUAAAGAUGGCACUGAUAUUCCAGGAGGAAGGAUGCUGGAGUUGCCAUGUAAAUUCCAUCACAGCUGCCCUACUGAAAAGCAAUUGAACAUCCUGGCAGGGAAGUUGGGGCCAGAGUGGGAGCAGAUACUUGUACAUCUCGGCUUGGACCACAGUGACCUGUACAGAUGUAAGGAGCAGAACCGUUACAGUGUGCAGUCGCAAAUAGUGGAAGGUUUGGUGAAAUGGAAACGGCAAAUGGGAAGCAAAGCCACAAUGUUGCAGCUAUGGCAAGCGCUGGAAGCAGCGGAGGCAGACUUGUCUGUCAUGCAGUAUAUCCUGCAGUGAUUUUUGGGAACUGAUUUAAUAUAACUAUAGGCAUAAAUUUGCCCAAGCCUUUAACCCAAAGCCAUCAGUCUACUUUAAAUGCACUAAAUGCCUAUAGCUUGACUAUAAACCUAUAUACAUGAACAUUAAAGCCACUCACACCUGCGUAAAACCUUGACUGUAGCAUAGCAUUAUGCCUAACCAUCCUCAGGUCCAUCCUCCAUCCUCCAAUAUACAUUGUUUAUGCCCUGUUCAAGAAGCUAGCCAGUGGUCAGUAGUAGAUAGCAGUAGGCAACAGGAAUAAUGCCUUGACGCACAGCCUGUACAGAGAGAUAUUAUAAACCAAUGCAAGCUUGGGUAUUCCUCUGUACUGAGCUGAAAAUUGUCAUAGCCUUGUAAAGUCACAGUCCUUGGCUAUAUACACCUCUGUGCAAAAUUAUCACAAUAAAUGGGACUUUUGGUGAAA